AUGACUUUACUGCCCUCGACCCUCGCCCAGUCCACCUUGGGCGAGAAGUGCGCAGUUUACCUGGACCAGGUCGCCGACAACAUCCCCGUUCACCUCGAGACUCUCCGCCUUCGAGUUGACCCUAUUCUUACCUACCUGUCGACCACGCUCGGACCACUCGCGCAAAAGCUCCCAUUCGACAUCGACGAACAAACAUUCGCUCUCACUGCAUCCCUCAUCGUCUGUGUGCUUACCAUCGUCGCGAUGAGCUGGCGCAACAUCCUGCGUCGCUCGCCGAGCUACGCUCCCGCAUCCUCCCCGCAUGUCAGCGACGCGGACUUCUCCUAUAUCACACCCGGCGAAGUAGACGGACGCGCAGCAAGCCCCGACGCUGGACCCGAUAUCAUUCGUCUCAAACACCGCGGGACCAACUACCCACUGCACUUCGAGCCAUACUCAAUUGGCGAAUCCUUGACUGUGGGAGAGCUCCGAGCCAGGGCUGCCAACACACUAGGUGUCAGCAGCACGGACUACAUCAGAUUGCUGUACAAGGGGAAGCUAUUGAAGGACGAUGCACAGAGAUGCCGUGAAGAAGGAAUCAAGCAGAAUUCCGAGAUUAUGUGUGUGGUCUCGGACUUCGGUCCCGGCAAUCCAAGCGAUGUCUCCGAAGACAACGGACGACACAUCCAAGUACCAGCGCCAAACCCCGCCCGCUACAGCGACGCCGAACAAUCGUCAUCUCCCCCCACCCCCCGGGGCAAGACUGGAAGAAAGAAGAACAACAAGAAGAAGAACAAGACGGUCACACCCCCCGAGCCUGUUGCUCCACCCCGGCCAUCUUCCUCAGGCGGUUCGGGCAACCCCGCACCGCCUCCGAACAUCAAGUUGAUCCCGUCCCGGCUGGCGCAAGUCAGUGCAUUGGCAGGAUGGCUGCAAGAAGAGAUGAUCCCGUUGGUUGAUGAAUACGUGGCGGACCCGCCGACCGACCCCAAGAAGCGGGACUUUGAAUAUAAGAAACUGUCCGAGACGAUCCUUGCGCAGGUGAUGCUGAAAGCGGACGGAAUCGAACCAGAUGGUGAUGUGACGAUUCGCAAUGCGCGCAAAGCGCUCAUCAAGGACGCGCAGGCGGCUCUUAACAAGCUGGACACGAUCGCGAAGCUCUAG